AUGGAUCACGUCAUGGAGGUGGUUGUCCGAACUGUUAAUUUCAUUCGAGCCAGAGGUUUCAAUCAUCAUCAGUUUGUCAGCCUUCUCAGUGACUGCAAGCCCAAAUUAACUGUAAAGCCCCAGAUUUCAGUGUUCACUGGAGACACAGUUACUCUGAUCUGUGAUGAGGGACGGUCAACUGGAUGGACAAUUUACUGGCUCAAAAACUUUAAGAGAAUAAAAGCUGGUUCUGCAACUGAAACACUGAGAGAAGUGAGAGUCUCUGAUGGAGGAAGAUAUGCGUGUGCUGUAGAAAGAAAGACCACACAAAGCCAAGGAGUCGUGCUAACAGUAAGAGAGAGACCCAAGCCUGUAGUGCGUGUCCAGCCUGAUGGACGUGUGUCCAGAGGACAGACAGUCACUCUCUCGUGUGACAUACAGCAGACAGACGUCAUCAACUGGAGAUACAGCUGGAAUAAAGAUGAUUCAGAGAUUCAUGUCAGUCAGUCUCAGGAAUACCGAAUCAGUUCUGUUAAUGAAUCUCACACAGGUAAUUACAGCUGCACUGGAAGAGAAACAGGAGGAUCACGAUACUCACACACCAGUGAUAAAGUUACACUCACUGUAUCAGGAAAGGAGAGUUAUGACACGGUUUACUCCAAACUGAAGAUUUAAGGUUCUGUUGCUGAUGUAUGAUGAAUACGAUUACUCAACUUUUAUCAACAAUGGAAUUUACAAAUGUACCAAAAGUUGGUGAAUUGGGUAUAUUAUCCUAAUUAUUAAUCAUAUUGUUUAAAUUAUUAAUCAUAACAUGCCUAUAUUCAUAAUCCAUGAUGUUUUAAAACAAGAUUUGUGUCCCCACAACACAUGAUUCUUCUAACUGCUGAUACUGUACCACUGGGUGCAGAUGCAUUCAUCUUACAUAACUGUUACAUUACUAAUAUGUAUUAUAGAAUAAUUAAUAUUUUAAGAGAAUAGAAAUAGGCCUAUGUUCAUGCAUCAAUCUUUCCUCUCUAAAGUCUAAGUGGACGUCCAUGAAAUGUGGAGUCCCACAAGGCUCUAUUAUUGCACCGCUCAUGUUUAGUCUCUAUAUGCUUCAACUAAUUCAAAUAAUGAGAAAGAACCAAAUUGCCUAUAACAGCUAUGCUGAUGAUACCCAGAUUUACCUAGCCUUAUCUCCA